AUGCGCAGAAUGAACUGGAAGGCGGCCUGUGCCCUUGCUCUGUUGGCAGGCAGCGUGUCUGCCAUCGAUCUGGACAUCACAAACGAGAAAUCGGUCAAAAAUGCGGCGAGUGUGGCCGCCGGAAAUACCAUGUCGGAUUACAACGACCGAGAAUCCAAAAACAUCCCUGGCAAAUUGGAUGCUGUCUGGUUUGCAGGUGGUGUCAUGUUCGACGCCCUGAUCCGAUACUGGUACUAUACUGGGGACUCCUCCAACAAUGAGGCUGUCAGCGACGGGAUGUACUGGCAACGGGGAAACAAUGACUAUUUCCCCGCAAACUACAGCUCGUACUUAGGCAAUGACGAUCAGGUCAUGUGGGGUCUUGCCGCAAUGACCGCGGCCGAGUUGGACUACCCUCAGCGGUCCACGAUGCCGUCUUGGCUUACUCUGGCCGAGAAUGUGUUUAAUGCCCAAAUCCGUCGCUGGGAUGAUAGUAGCUGUGGCGGCGGCAUGCGCUGGCAAGUCUGGCCUUACGAGUCCGGAUACGACACGAAGAACGCCAUCAGCAAUGGCGGUCUGUUCGAGCUCGCGGCUCGCCUAGGCCAUUACACCAACAACCAGACCUACUCCGACUGGGCAGAGAAGAUCUGGGACUGGAGUGCCACCACCCCGCUGCUGAAGACCACUACCACCUCGCUGGUGGAGACCACUACCUGGAACAUCGCCGAUUCGACCACAUGCCAGGAAAACUGUACCGAUCACGGUGACUGGCAGUGGUCCUUCAACUACGGUGUCUACAUGGCGGGUGCGGCAUUCAUGUAUAACCUGACCGACGGCAAAUCUAAGUGGAAAUCAGGUCUCGAUGGCCUACUCGAUACCUCCGCCCAGUUCUUCCCGAACCAUGGCUAUAACCUCGACGACGGCACGGUCAUGGUUGAGAUCACCUGCGAACCGGUUCAGAGAUGCAACCUGGCUCAGAUUAUUAUGAAAGGCACAUUCGUCCAGAAUCUCGCCCAAAUUGCCGUAGUUGCCCCUUACACUUCGGCGAAGAUCUUGCCGCUGCUGCAGGGCUCCGCAGUCGCGGCGGCAAAGACCUGCACUGGCGGCACCAACAAUAACUGCUGCAGCACCGUUUGGUAUGAGCAGACGGAUGACGACGAGAAUGGCGGUGAAAGCCAAAUCGCCGCCCUCGCCCUCUUCACAUCCAACUUGGUCGCAUUCAACACCGAUGCCCCCGGAACGCAAUCUACCGCAGCGAAUAGUACCUCGACCUCUGCCACGACCGGUGGGAACAGCACCACGACCAGCUCGGGCGCUGCGGGUGCUAGCACCACUGGUAGCAAUGCCGCCAAUGUGCUUGCUGGUAACUCUCUCGGCAUCACCGCUGCUGUCUUCGCAGCAGUCCUCGCUCUUUUUUAA